CACACCUUUCUCAUCAAUUCGUUUGAAAGCAGGCUCUCACGAGGAUCUCAUGAAGGUCGUUAUAGAUUUCAGAAAUUGGCUGCGGAUGAUUUUGCACCAUUGACUGAUUCAUCCGUGUCUACAUGAACAUUUCUUCUCACAAUCGGCGGCGUCGGUCCUCCCUCCACCAAUACCAUUCUCUCCGGGAUUCCCGUCGAAUCUAUCUCGCAUUAGCAUUUUUGAUUGCAUUGGUGGGCUUGAACAAUAUGUGCCAGUCAUUUCGGUCUCUUCGAUUGCUCAAUAGGGGUAUGAUCCUUAAAAGUGACUUGCUGGGACGACAAAUCUUUGACGAAGCGAUGUCAGGACAGCAAAUCAAAUCACGAUUGUUGGCCAGCACGGGGGCAUGCUCAAUGCGUAGUUAUGCGAUGACUCCCACUAGACUUUUUGGCAGCAAAAAGGGGGUCCCCGGAAAUCCACUAGGAACUGUAUCGAUUUACAACGACCAGGAGGCACUCAAAGAAAUCGACGAGGACGCCCUCCAAAGGACUGUGCACCGAAUUUCGAAGAUAAUAGGCUACGAAACAUACGAUGUAACGUUGCUCUUGGUCGAUGAUGACGAGAUGAGAGAAACGAAUCUUGAAACACGGGGCAUCAACUCUCCUACUGACAUUUUAUCAUUUCCCUUUCAUUCUCGCGAGGACAACAAAGCUGGCCUGUUGAAAGAGCCCGAAUUCGAUAUACCUGACUAUUAUACCCUUGGCGACAUGGUUGUUUGCGUCCCCUACGUUAUCCGACGAUGCAAAGAAGACAUUCUCUUUCGAAAGGAACAAGCGGAGGGUGCUACGAACGACGAAAAAAAAUCAGAAUAUGGGGAUGAUGAUAGUGAUCUUAUUGACGACGAUGAUCGUGGAGUGUCUGGGGCAAUGGCUAACAUUGAUGAUCCCGAGAAAAGAAUCAGAAUGCUCUUGGUGCACGGAAUGCUUCAUUUGGUUGGAUACGAUCACAUCGAAGAUGAUGACUACGUGGAGAUGGUCGAAAGAGAAGAAGAAUUGCUCAAAGAGCUUGGAGAUUUAUUGUAAUCGGAGGUGCUGUAUUAAGCUAUUGUAAAUGAAAUCAAGUUUUCUUCCGCCUAGAUAAACAAUCCACAGUUCUCAUUGGAAUGUUUCAUAUGCCUUGCUUUUGCCGUUGUUGAUUUUCUUGCAUUAAUCAGGUAUGGCAUCGUACAACGAAUAAAAUAAUAUUAGACCA